GAGGCCAGGAUCCCUCCCACCCAACGAGGCAAGGGCGGAGAGGCUGGUUGCUCCUGCUCGGUGCGCUCCUCCUCCUCCUCCUCGAUCCUCUCCACCCCCUGCCGGUGGAACAAAAUGGUUUGCUCCAAAUUUCAGGGCUCCACCCCCCCACCCCAAGAAAAAAACACGCACAGACAGAGAGGACCAGGGGAAGCAGUUGCAUGCCUGUGUGUGUGUCUCCUUUGCGUGCGCCUCGUUUCCUCCUGCGCUUCCUGGCGCACCGGGGUUUCGCACGCAGUCCGCCGAUUCGCCGAGAGGCGCAUGACGGGAAGCCCGGGGUUGGGCAGAGGAACCAGUUGCGAGGAGCAGCAACAAGAUCAAGUGACUGGAGGCCUCUGUCCCUGCAACAUCGGAUCCAUAAGGGUCCCUAAACUCAACAAGGCUUCCUUAUGAGUAACGUGCUCAAUAGUUAAAGGACUAAUUAAACUGAAACUGGAGAACAUGAAAGGAAGGCACUUAAGAUGGCAGCGUGUCUUGGGCCGCAGCUCAACCUAACGGCAGACGUUCAAGAUCCUUGAGCAGACCUGACACGUGGGAGAGAACUUCCAGGGUGGGAAACACACCCUCACAAGUUCAGCUUUGUAGCGUGAACUGAAGAAAUGGAUCUUGAAACUGCUGGGCCGACACCCUCGUCCCUAUUUUCAUGGGAUUACGUUUUGUGGGAAGUCCGUCUGAAGCUAGUGGCGGCCGGAUUCUUCCUCUACUUGGGCGUGUUCUGCCUCUCGCACUGCCUGUCUUCAUGGAUGAUAGCCACUUACCGCUCGUUGCCGGCGAAGGAGAAAGUCUUCUGGAACCUGGCUGCUACGCGAGGCGUGUUUGGCAUCCAGAGUUGUGUCGCCGGCUUGUGGGCCUUGCUUCUGGAUCCGGUUUUUCAAGCUGACAAGGUGUACUCCCAGCAGGAGUGGAGCUGGUUCAACUGCCUCAUAGCCUCUGGCUUCUUCCUGCUCGAAAAUGUAGCUGUUCACGUUUCCAACGUUGUCUUCAGGACAUUUGACUUGUUCUUAGUCGUUCACCAUUUCCUUGCCUUCGGUGGCUUUUUUGGUCUGGUCACCAACGUAAAGUCCGGGCACUACAUACCCUUGAUGGGAAUGCUGCUGGAGAUGAGUACGCCUUUCACUUGCAUAUCGUGGAUGCUUUUAAAGGUCGGCUUGGCGAACACUCCCUUUUGGAAGGCAAACCAGUGGCUGAUGAUCCACAUGUUUCAUUGCCGCAUGAUCCUCACCUACCACAUGUGGUGGGUGUGUAUUUCUAACUGGAACGCUGUUGUGGAGAACCUUGGUCUCCUGCAUUUUGCUGUCGUGUUCACAGGGAUGAGCGCCGUCACCGUAAUACUUAACCCCUACUGGACAUACAAAAAGACUCAGCAGCUCCUCUGCCCCGUGGACUGGAACUUUGCCAACAGAACGAUGGAAAACGGCUCGUCCCCCAAACCCAACGGGGACGUGUUGCAGAAGAAAGGGUUGUGACGGCAACAUUAUUGGGCCUCUUUGGGAACCGAUUCAAAAAAAAAAUAAUGGCCAGGUGGAGGUAGCUCGGGUAGACAGGAUCGCGAAGCUUCAGGGUUUUUUUUUUGAGUUAAGGGAUCUGAAACGUAUUUAUUACUAGUCCGCAGUUUUCUUAUCAGUAUUCUUAAUCAAACAACUGUGACGUUGCAAAUUGGGUUUAAAUAUCUGUCUUGCACAUCUGCAUACUUCAAGAAAAGUAGACGGGAGAACUGAAUGCGAGAAAAAGCAGGAGAGGAGUUGGCUGUGUUCCAGACUAGUUUGGGGGACCAGCCUUCCAUUUCUAGAGCUGCCUCAAGCACAUUCUGGUUGUCUCCAAAAUGUCACCAGGGACAUGUUUGCAGAAGCACCCCCAUCUUUCUAGACUCGCUCUUCGUUUUACAUAGACAUGCUGAGCUCUCUUUCAUUAGUCGGUGCUCAUAGCCUUAAACCUCUGCUUGCAAAUAAUGUUGAACAUUAUAACCUACUGUAUUUUUUAUUUAAAAAAAAUAGAAGAGGAGAGGUGUAGACCAGGUGGAGCAAUGUGAUUUGCUCGCCGUAGACACCAGAAAAGUGCGAGAGGCAACACUAGUGCAAAGAGCACGGCUGGGCAACUCUAGAAUAGCCAAAUCAUCAAAACGGAUAGUUUGAUGAUUCAGAAUGCCAGGGUUGGUAUUACAGGUUUCGUUCCUUAUGGCACCAUACAUGCACAAACAUGCCCAUUUGCCGUCACAGGCAGUGAGUUUAAUUGACUCUGAGAUGCACAGUCACCUUCGUGUAGCAUGAACCAGCCUUCCCCCCCAACCUGGAGAUUUCCAGAUCUUUUUGGAUUCCCAACUCCCAAAUGAUGGUGAGAGUUUUAGUCCAGAAUACCUGAGGGUAGGCUGCUGUAAACCUUUGGCACCUCUUUCAGAGCAGUCCUGACCCCUAUUUUACACUGCACUUUGGGGGGGGUGUAUGUGUGUAGCCUGAGUGCAGACCCCUCUGCGCUCAGGCCACAAAACAUGCCCGCUGCUGGCACCCCUGCCCCUGGAAACCCCCCAAAUGGAACAGGGCUGAUCCAGUCCUCCUGAGCUGGUCUUGCCACCAUUUGGCAACAGUGUCAGGCCCGAUCUGUCUCCUUGCUGCUGUACCAGCCUGGAGCCGAUGCAGGGAUUGGCCUGAUCUUCAUGCCUCUCCUGCUUCUAUUGCUGCCAUGACCAGCUGGGCUCAGAGGCCUCAGUAGCUCCAGUGCACCCCAGAGAGGUUUAGAUUUCAUCUUUUAAAACUUGUGUCGCAUUUAACAGAUAGGGGCAGAAAGUAGAUUUUGGAUCUCUUGGCCAGUUUCCAAUAGCUCCCCAACUGGUUGCUAGGAAUUUAGCGAUGAAUACUCUAGUGGCAGGCAUCCCCAAACGUGGCCCUCCACGUUGAACUUGCCCUAUGGGGCUCACUUAAUUAGUACUGCCUUAACUGAUAAAAGCCCUUGGCUUCGUAAAUUUAAACCACAGUUAAAAGACUAUAAUAUAUAUUUAAAAUCCUGUUUAUAACGUCAAGAACUCUAUCCUUCUCAACCCUAUCCCCUUCAGGUGUCAGGUAUUAAGAUGCUUCUGAAAAGGUACCAACAGUUUUUGAAAGGUCCAAGAGGAAAGCCGUCCUUUUAACUUUUCCCACAGUGUAAAUGUUGUGAAUCGUUUUGUUUUUUUCAAAAGGUUGCAGGAAACUUAUUCAAAGAAUCCGUAUUCCAGCAGAAAGUUGUGGAACGCUGACACCUGGUGGCCAUAGCGAUGUAUAGUUUGCUUGUUUUGGCAAGCAGAAUACAGUGGUACCUCGGUUUAAGUACUCAAUUGGUUCUGGGGAGCCAUUUGCUCCCCGAAAAGCACUUAAUCUGAGUGCCUCUUUCGUGCGUGCGCGAAGCGCCGAUUGCUUCUGCGCAUGCGUGUGCCGCAGAACCCGGAAGUAAACACUUCCGGGUCUGCGGAGCACUCAAACCGAAAGUACUCAAACCGCAGCAGACUUAAUCCGAGGUAUGACUGUAUAUACAAUCAGCAAAGGAUAUUAUUGCAUGGAGACAGUUUACCUAUCCUUGCCUGUGAGCUAAGUCCAACUGAACUCAGUGGGACUUACAUCUGAGUAGACAGGAUUGCACUGAAAGCAUGCUCAUUGAUUUGUUUUUAUUUAUUUUGAGUGCAUAAUUCUUCCUACUAUGUAGCUUUGCAUUCCAACCGGUGCUGCAGAGGUUUAAGGGAAACGAGGUUUUUCCAUUCACUAAUGCAUAUUGAUGGAACUGUUGGUGGAAAAUUACGAUGAAGGAAACUGUUAAAUACAGGGUUUUUUUCUCCCUC